AUGGGACAGGAAAUCACGAAAAUCGGCGAGGAAUGCAACUGUUUUGUGGGCUCCGAACCCGAUCGAGAGCCGACUGCUCAAGUAUACAGGGCUGUGGACCCCGUGGCGAAUUUGGUCACCAAAGAGUUCCCGAAGAGCGUCCUCUCACCAUCCCCGGCUCCAAAAUGGCAGGUUUACAACGUCAAUCCUUGGGUCAGCGCCGAGGAGGAGGAAGGUUUCUUCGUGCCGCCGCCGCCACCGCCACAGGACCCGGAGCCGGCUCAUCAGGCGGAAGAGCCAUCAGCAGAGCAGGCACCCCAUCUGUCUUCGCCGGCAAAGGCAACGCCAGUACACUCAGCUCAGGCAACUCAAGCAGCUCAAGCAAGUCGGGCGCCUGUGCCCGAAAAGCCAGCUGCCAAGCCAAAAGCCGCAGCGCCGACAGCUGAAAGCGGCAGACCAAAGCCAAGAGCUGAAGGUGCCGGUGCCGCCGGCAAGAGCAGCGCAAUCACCUUUGAGGCCAUGCAGCUGGACUUGGAAGGCGCAGAAGAGGCAGCCUUCACAGCUGCGUUCAAGAGCUUGUCUUCGGGACAAGCCGUGCUGCAACCUGACCAUGAUCAGUUGAGGAACUUCAUCUUGGUCAACAGCGGCGUCUCUGAGCAGGAUCUGGACACCGAACUGCUCAAGAUCGCAUCUGGCAGGGAAGACUUUUGUGUGGACGUUCAGGGGUUCAUCACGCUGUUGCGGGAGCAUCCUGUAAGCGAGGAGGACACACUGAUGUUGUUUAUGAAUAUCUCCAAUGAUGGUGAGUCCAUGACAUCGGAGGACUGUCGCACCUGCCUUGUUCAGCUUGCAGCGAAACUCCCAGAUGCAAAUAUCCGUGAGGACCGAAUGGAGCAGAUCUUCGACACGGUCAUGACAUCUGCGGGCCUCUCCGUAUCAAUGGAGCAAUGGAUGGCUUUUGCAAAGACGGCUGCGAGGAUCAUCCGACUGAUGGCAUACACAAAGGCACGUUAG